AUGACAAAUUCAACGAAUGUCGAUCAUGAAUUAGCAAUAAGAAUUGGUCAAUUACAUAUGAAUAUUAAAAAAAAGUGUAAAACUGAACUUGAAAAUCAAAUGGAUGCUAUUCGUGCUGAAGAAAAACGGAAGGAUGAAGAAGCAUUAGCUGCACUUAAAGCAGCAGCAACAGCAGCACAGCAGCAAGUAGAAAAGAAAAUGAAUGAAAUGAAAAGAAAAUAUGGUUCCGAAUAA